AUGGUAGCAAGAUGCUCGAUGCAAGUUCAAGAGCUUUUGGACUAUUUCGUUGACUUCUCUUCAGUUUCUUGUGGUCGUGGUAAUGCUGGUCAAGCCAAUUAUGAUUUAGCUAAUUCGGCGAUGGAACGCAUAACAGAAUCUCGUCAAAUUCUUGGUUUGCCCGCUACUGUUAUCCAAUGGGGAGCUAUUGGUGAUGUAAAUUUGAUUCUUGAAACUAUGGGCGGUAACGAUACAGAAGUAGGAGGAACUCUACCACAAAGGAUGACUUCUUACUUGGCUACAAUGGAUAUUCUCUUACAACAACUUCAUUCCGUAGUAGCACAAAGGAGGAACCGGUGGCAGUCAACCGACUUAGGUAUGGAUUCACUUAUGGGCACUGAAAUUAAACAAACCUUAGAACGAAAUUACGAUUUGGUGCUUCGUGCACAAGAAGUUAGGGCUCUUACUUUUGGUCGUCUUGUCGAGCUUAGCACCGGCAUAGGUGCUGCAUCAACAACAAAAACACAACGACCAGCCCAAGAUAAUAAUGUAAAAUUUAAUCAAAAGGUAGAUAUAAUGCCUAAGAAGGUGUUAUUCCAAAUGACCAGCAAAUCCAGUGAUAACAAAAAGACUCCAGUUUUUAUUCUUCAUCCUAUUGAAGGAGUUGUUAAUGAUUUAGAAACUUUAGCUAAGAAAAUCGAUGUUUCAGUAUACGGUCUAGCAGCAUUUCCGACUUAG